AUGGCUAAAUUACCCGGAUAUUCUGAUCUUGUUGACGAUGAGGGAAAUAUUAAAGGCGCUAGAAUACAGGUUCAUCCAAACCUUGAUAAAAAAGAAUGGCAAAACAAUUCUGUUCUUCGUUUAAAAUCUGAACAAAAACCUUACCCUGUUGAUGUCGAUGUUGGUAUACUUAAAUGGAGUGUAAAAGUAAAUGAUGAAUCAAUUCCAUUAACUUUAAAUUGUUGGCCAAAUGUAUCACCCGAUUCUUGUGUGGUUAGUAUUGAAUAUACUCUUCAACGUACAGAUAUGGAACUUCGCAAUGUUCAAAUAACGAUUCCAUUACCACCCGCAACCACUCCACUUAUUUCUGAAUGUGAUGGAUCUUAUGAAUAUCAAAAAUCCAAAUCCCAACUUGUUUGGAGUCUAACUUCAAUUGACAAAACAAACAAAAAUGGAACAUUAGAAUUUUCAACCCCAAAUGGGCAUGCCGACCAUUUUUUCCCAGUUAAUAUUCGUUUUGUGUCUUUGGAUUCUUUUUGCAAAAUAACGGUUGAUAGUGUUGAAAAGGGACAAGAAAGUGAACAAGUUGAGUUUACUAGUGAACAUUCUUUAAUUACUGAAAAAUAUGAAAUUGUUUGA